GGAGCGGGAGUGCGGGGGACCGCGGCGAGGCCCUGAGGGCUGCGGGAGUGACCCGGGACCUGGCCCCUGACCGCAGGCUCACCCCAUGCCAGCUCCCUGUCCGACAGGCAUCUCGGCCCCUGCCCGCGGCCGUGCCGGAGCGCAGCGAGGCCCACGCGGCGCGCCCCGAUUUGCGCUGGGCUUGGCACUGCCCCGGCGCGAGUGACAGCGCUCCGAGCGGCCUCCCCGGAGGAUGGAAGAGAAAAGAACGCUGCCCGACUUCUUUGAAGAGGAGAAUCUUACCAGUUCCAGGGAGGAGAGCAUCAAAGGUGAUUUGAAAACGUUUUGGACACAAUUGGGAAGUAGAAGAGUGGACGUCAUAUUUGAGCAGGUGCAAAAUGUGCUGCUGUUGCUAAAGGAAAAGAUCAAGAAUGGAACUGCCACAAACCAAGAAUGCUGGCAGGCUUGGGCACUGGUGAAUGAAGCUAAUCUAAGUGAACUCUUAACUUUGACAAACGUAACUGAUGGGUUUGAUGGAGAUGGAGUGCAGGAAACCAAACCCAAAUUGCAGCAUGUUCUUGCAGAUGACAACACUGCAAAUGCUGUAGAAGGUUCUGACAGUAACAGGAAAGAGGAGAUGGAAAGAACAUGGUCAGGGACUAAAAAAGCAUCUAGCGAAAUUCAACACUUACCUUUAAACCCACAGUAUCAGAACCACAAGUGCUCUAGUGCAUGUCUUGCCAAGAGAGCAGCGGGCUCCUACAAGGGUGAAAACCCUCUGAAGAUGCCAAUCCUGUUUCACUUUCAAAGACGGCAUGCAAAAGCAGACUGCCUUUCGAAAUCACUGGAUGUGAAUUACAAAGCUCCUUGCGGUCGGAGUCUGAGAAGCUUUCGAGACGUGCAAAAUUAUUUGUUUGAAACAAAGUGCAAUUUCUUAUUUGUUGAUCACUUUUCCUUCAACACAUAUGUACUGUUGGGCAGGAACACCAUGAAUCCCGAACCCCUUGUGUUUGACUUUGAUAUUAGCAACGGAGCCGAGUCUGUGCCCAUCUCCUUCUGUAACAAUCUUGACCGCGCAAGGUUACCUUAUUUCAAAUAUCGGAAGUCAUCAUGGCCACGUGGAUAUUAUCUCAACAACUUCUCCAGCCUGUUUGUGGAUUCAUGUGACUGCACAGAUGGCUGCAUUGAUAGGUCAAAAUGUGCAUGCCUACAGCUAACUGCAAGAGGCUGUAGUAAAACUUCUCUAUCUUCAGGUGGUAAAAGAUGCCGUGGAUACCGUUACAAAAGACUGGAGGGACCUGUUCCUAGUGGAAUUUACGAGUGCAGUGUGUUAUGCAGGUGUGACAAGUUGAUGUGUCAGAACAGAGUUGUACAGCACGGCAUUCAAGUCAGGUUGCAGGUGUUCAACACUGAAAAGAAAGGCUGGGGUGUCCGCUGCCUGGAUGAUAUCGACAAGGGGACAUUUGUUUGUACCUACUCAGGCAGAUUAAUGAGCAGAGCUGAAGUACUGGGAGAUGCUGGUCAAGAGCUGAAAGAAAGGAGUGCUGUGAAUGACAGAAACCAUGGGGUUUUUUCCAAAAAAAGAAAACUUGACACUGAUUGUUCAAAUUCAGUCAUUGAACUAGUGCAGACUGGUAAACAUGACAUUCUUGAGAAUAAGGAAUCUUUGUCUCAAACUGUGGAUAGUGAAAAUAAAUCAACCCUGGUUCAUCCAGAGAACUUGAGUAUUGCAACCACAAGGCCUGGAAGAACAGAUUUUUUUCACAAUCACCAGCUAAAAAUGGUGCACAGUGCCAGCUCAGAUGAAGAUAAUAGUUCUCAGAUUCAUCAGUCAAGCAAAACCAAAGUAAACAGUGGAACAAAGAAAGGAAAAGAAAAAUCCACCCAAAAGCAGAAGGAAGACCAUCCGAUGGAAAUUGGACAGACUGAGUCUGUUGGUGUGGACAGUGCGAGAUGCAAAAGAAAGAGUCUGUCACUGCAGGGUGUUGAUUGUGGCAAGUCAGGUGUGCUGGAUGACACAUGUGUUGCGAGGCCAUCCAAUAAUAUACCCCUAAAAGCUGACUGCAAAGAGGAAAAUAGCAGGCAGUCAAGUCAAGAUGCAUUUUGUGAGGAGGCUGAUGGAGAUGGGAUGCUUCCAAAGAAUGCUAGCGAAGAAAAUAUUUAUGUACUGGAUGCCACAAAAGAAGGAAACGUGGGUCGUUUUCUAAAUCACAGCUGCUGCCCAAAUCUCUUUGCACAAAGCGUGUUCGUAGAGACUCACAACAGAAGUUUUCCAUGGGUGGCAUUCUUCACAAACAGACAUGUGAAAGCUGGAACCGAACUCACGUGGGAUUAUGGCUAUGAAGCUGGAAGCAUGCCAGAGACAGAAAUUUCCUGUCAGUGUGGAGUUCAGAAGUGCAGGAAAAAAAUCUUAUACUCUGGUUUCAUCACUGGCUUCAUCACCAGUGGCUUCAUCACUGGUUCUCACUGCGUGGACCUCAUGCUGUUGCUGGGGGCCAGCCAACAGUCUGUGAACGGGGGGCCGAUGGGAGCAUGGGGGUGUCGCCUUUCCCAUGGGGAAAGCCCUCGGGAAGCGGCUGCCCGGCGGCGCCCCGGGAGCGACUAUCGAACCCGUGUUCCCGGUCCCAGACCGCGGCCCACCCAAAACGGCGGGGAGUACCACGGGCGGGGCCGAUCACGUGACUGGCGGCGCGGCGGCGCGCGCCCUCCCCUCCGGCCCCGCCCCGGGGGCCGGAGCCAAUCAGUGCCGGGAGAGAGGGGGUGCUCCGGGCAAGCAUCGACGGGCGCCACCGCGCAUGCUCUGGGCCCGGCUGGGCCCGCCCACUUCCGCGCGGGAGCGUUGGGGGCGGGGGAGGGGGCGGUGGGAGCGGCGGCGUGCGCGAGCCGGGUCGCGGGCGGGCGGGCGGUAAGUGCCACCGCGGGCACGCGGGGAGGGGGGCGGGGAGGGAGUGCGCGAGACUCGGCGCCUCCUCAGUGCUGGUCACCCCCUCCCCCCCCCCCCCCCCCGUGGAGUGGGCCCUGCCGGGGCUCGCGCAGAGCCGGGACGGGGGGGACGGGGGGCGACACCAGGUUUAGGAUCCAACCGUUCGCUGCGCUGCGGGGAAGAGGAGAGCGGAGCUGGAGCUGGGGCGGAGUUUGUGCUGUCAGAGGUGGUGUCUCCAGCAAAGGACAGUGGAGUAUCACACUUAGUAGGAGUGGGAAGUUGUUGAAGAUUUCUGCGGUGGACUUGCACAAAAAAACGCAAAUUUUUCCUGCUCUAGGUGCUUUCUGGAUAAUGGCGAAGAUGGUGAGAAGAACAUGUGCGUUUUGUUCAGAAGGGGCGGCUGGUUCUGUAAUGUAUGUUGCCAAAGAGAGCGAUAUUGCAGCUCAUCAGGAUUGUCUGUUAUUUUCCUCAGGAUUUGUGGAAUCUGAAGAGUAUAACCCAGAAAAUCUGGAUAUAAGGUUUGAUGUGGCAUCAGUGUUGAAAGAGCUCAGGAGAGGAAAGCGGCUGGUGUGCAACUUCUGCCGCAAGAAGGGAGCCACUGUGGGCUGUGAGGAGAGAGCCUGCCGCAGGAGCUACCACUACUACUGCGCGCUCUGCGACGACGCGGCCAUAGAAACCGACCAAGUAAAGGGUGUCUACCGUUUAAGUGUCUUUCAGUUUAUGUUUAAUGAAAAGAGGGGGAAAUAUCUGUUAAAAUCAGUCAGCAUAACUCUGUUUAUGUAUUUAUUAACACUUUUUCUCUUUUUCUUAAAAUUGAACUUAAAUUUUAGAGUGUUCUGCCCAAAACAUGACCCAAGCAAUAGGACCAGUCACUAUGGUGCAGCUAAUAAGAAGAGAAGAUAUACAUUGACAUCUCCUGCCAUCACAGAAGAAAUGAAAACAGAAGAGAAAGCAGAAGAAAACCAUUUCCAAACACUAAAAAGAAAAAACAACAGGCAUAAAGUCCAGAUAGACAUUGUAAGGAAAUGCAAACAAGCUGGGCUUCUAGACGACAUAUUUGAAGAAAUGCUGGACACACUUCACCUGGCACAGGAAAAACUAAUGGAUGACAACACUUCAGAAACAGAAUAUGAAGAGACAGUAAUGGCACUGUUUGACUGUGGACUGUUUGAAAAUAUACUGACAAAUAUUCAUUCAGGAAAAUGGAAGCAACAGAGAGAAGCAGAAAUGCAGUCAGGCAGAGCUUUGCAAAUAAGGAACAGAAGAAAAAAUACAAGAACUUCUAGAAAACAGAAAAAGACUGGAUCACAAGAUAGAGCUACUGCAGGACUUAAAAGAAGUCCUUCCUACCCCGGAGAGCACAGCCAGUACCUCUAGUAUGGUGUCUGAAUAACACUUAAGUCUGUCUGUAAUGGUCUCAAUAUUUAGGAUUUUCUAAUGAUAGAAACCCUAGAGCACAUCUGGUUCAUGUCUAAGUAAUUUCCCGCUCCCAAGACAGGGACCUAAACAAGAACUGGGUCACAUACUCAUUUUUAUACCUCAAUGGUGCAAUAAUUUUAAGUUCUUAAAAUUUUCAAAUCUUCGUCUUCAAACCUUACUGUGUAGUACUUCAGUGUUAUACGCUAAAUUUAGCUUUUUUAAACCCUCCAGUGAAGACUUUUUGCUCCAAGACAAGGGAACAUCAGAUGCAACAGAACACUUGUUAAAGUCACUUUAACUGUGGAGCCCUCUCCUAGCUGUGCCAUAGCUGCUUCACUGUCUGUGUCUAGACAGUGAUGUUUUCAGGAUCAUAUUGGUGCUUUGGCUUUCCAAAGAAGAUAAACGAGCAGAACUUGCACUUAAGGAAGCCUUUUGAAUGUUGAACAGGACUUGAAUUAAAAAACCCAAGUUAUUCUUGUUUGACUGGUCAGUGUGUAACUAGUUCUGCUGUAAUGGCAGUGGCAAUACAGUGUUUACAGGCAGACCAAAAACAGUUGGGCAUUAUCCUCAGAAUAUGUACAAUGUCAAAGGGAUCAAACAGUGGUCUGCGUCUUCCUUUCUCCAUUACAAAAGGAUGCAACUUCCCUGUGUUUUGCCUUUAAAAAGUUGUUUGAAUACAGAAAAGCAUUGUUUAGCUACAAAAGGUGAAGUUCACAAAAUAAAACAUUUUUUAAAAAAGCU